UACUCCAUGCGCGCAGCGUGCGGCUUGACUUUGUCGGAAUUAACAAAAUAGUGAACUUAACGUUUCAUUCCCAGGCUCGCUGUCGGCCGUUAGAGCAAUGCUGCCUUCUUCGACAUCGAAUACUGCCUUAGUAGCAGCGGGAAUUGCAGGAACGCUCUUCCUAGGUUAUUGCAUAUACUUCGACCAUAGGAGGCGAAGUGACCCAUUAUACAAACAAAAAAUUCGUGAGCGCCGUCAGAAGGCUAAGAAAGAGAAACGAUUUGUAGUACCCGACACCCGAGAUCAGGACGCGGUGCAGAAGUUUUUCUUGCAGGAAGUACAGACAGGUGAAACUCUCCUGCAUCUAGGUGACACCGAAGGGGGCAUUGAGCAUCUGUCGGCCGCUGUCGCUAUCUGCGAACAGCCCCAGCAACUACUACAAAUUCUGCAGCAUACGUUACCGCCACAGGUAUUUAAUAUGAUGCUUAAUAAGUUGCCGGAAAUUUCGCGACAAUUGCAACGGACCUCGAUUGAGGAGGACGUAGAGUAGAGGCUUUCUGUAUACUGUAGUGGUUAGCGACGUUGCGAGCAGUAUCAACGUUCUGUGUCACGUCUAUGCAUGACAAAGACAAAGUUCAUCCUGCAUCAAACACAAAUCGGCUUCAUUUACUCAAAAAAAAAA